AUGACAAUCUCCAGCCGCGCCAAAGCAGGCGGAACUUCCGUUGCUACAACACCGGCCCCCAAUGACACACAAAAGAGCGAAAAACAGGCGACUACAAUCAGCAAGACGUGGAGAAAGCGGAGAGACCGAAAAAAGAAGGAUGAACUCGAGAAUGGUGCCGGAUGGACUAAUGGACGCAUCUCGACCCUCAUGAGCAUUGAUACUAAUCGUAUCGACAUGUUCUGUACGGCGCUGCACUCGCUCUGGGCUACACCGUUUGCGUGUAUCAUCUCUCUGGUGCUGCUCUUGAUCAACUUGACGUACAGCGCUCUCACAGGCUUUGCGCUCCUCGCUAUCGGCGUACCUCUUUUCACUCUCGCUAUUCGGAGUUUUGUUCAUCGACGAAGGGCUAUCAACAAGAUUACGGAUCAACGCAUCUCGCUCACCCAAGAGAUCAUCCAAUCGGUACGCUUCGUCAAAUACUAUGGCUGGGAGCCCGCCUUUCUCGACCGCCUGGAGCAGCUCCGCAUGAAAGAGAUCCACAGCAUUCAGGGGCUUCUGGCUGUUCGGAACGCCAUCAACGCCAUCAGCAUGUCUCUUCCCAUCUUCGCAUCCAUGCUGUCCUUCAUCACCUACUCGCUCACGGGCAACGGGCUGGACCCCGCCAAGGUUUUCUCCUCGCUGGCUCUGUUCAACAGUCUGAGGCUCCCUCUGAACCUCCUGCCUCGUGCCCUUGGUGAUGCUAGUGACGCAUAUUCCUCUGUGAUGCGGAUCGAGCACUUCUUGGUGCAGGAAGACAGGGAGGAAGACAUGAUCUGGGAGCCGGAAGGAGAAUAUGCCAUCGAUCUGCGAAGCGCAAGUUUCACGCGCGAGAAAACGCAGAAGCAGGAGAGUGACGGCAGCGAAGAUGCUACCAAGGGGAAGGACAACAAGCCCAAACGGGACCCUGAGAAAUCCGGACGUGUUCAACCCACGGCACCUUCCGAUGGCCCCCCGGUCAUGGAUCAGCGGGAACCCUUUCAGCUGCAGGACGUGAACUUCCAGGCCGGUCGCAACGAGUUGAUUGCCGUGAUCGGCGGUGUCGGUAGCGGCAAGAGCUCGCUGUUGGCUGCCAUGGCUGGUUAUAUGCGCAAGACCGAUGGGGCUGCCAUCUUUGGUGCAUCUCGAGCCUUUUGCCCCCAAUACGCUUGGAUCCAGAAUACUUCGCUGCAGAACAACAUCACUUUCGGGAAAGAACUAGAUCAGGCUUGGUAUGACAAGAUCAUUGAUGCCUGCGCGCUCCAGGCUGAUAUCGACAUGCUUCCCGACGGUGACCAGACCGAGAUCGGCGAGCGAGGUAUCACCAUCUCCGGGGGUCAAAAGCAGCGCCUCAAUAUCGCGAGAGCGAUUUACUCGGACGCUGAUAUCAUUUUGAUGGAUGAUCCUCUCAGUGCUGUUGAUGCUCACGUCGGCCGCCACAUCUUUGACAAAGCUAUCCUCGGCCUGCUGAAGGGAAAAUGCAUCAUCUUGGUUACACAUCAACUGUGGGUACUAGAUCGAUGCGAUCGCAUUGUCUGGAUGGACGAUGGCAAGAUCCAGGCCGUUGGUUCCUUCGAGAGCUUGAAGAAGAACCACCAAGCCUUCCAGACCCUGAUGGAAUCAAGUAUGGCCCCGAAGGAGAUGCAGGAGCCGGAAAAUGCCGACCAACUCAUCGAGGAUCUCGACCCUGUUGAAGAAACUGCUGAACUCAAGAAAGCCAAGGAAGUCAAGAAGGACCAUAAAGCCUCGCCGUUGAUGCAGAAAGAGGACCAGGCCAAAGAUUCAGUACCAUGGUCCGUUUACGCCACUUACGUGCGCGCUUCUGGAACGCUCUGGAAUUUGCCUCUUGUGCUUCUACUCCUGAUAGCGUCUCGAGGAGCCAACAUCGCCACGAAUCUCUGGCUCUCCUUCUGGACAUCGGACAAGUUUGACCUCUCAACCGGUCUCUAUAUUGGCAUCUACGCUGCCCUGGGCGGUGCACAAGCAUUGAUCCUGUUCGCUUUCUCGCUUGCGCUAUCAGUCACGGCGACAAAUGCUAGCAAGACCAUGUUCCGGCAAGCGAUGACGCGAGUUUUGCGCGCGCCUAUCUCGUUUUUUGACACAACACCUCUUGGGCGCAUCAUCAACCGCUUUUCAAGUGAUGUGGACAUUAUGGACAACCAAAGCGCCGAUAACUUCCGCAUGUUUUUCAUAACCGUUAGCUACGCCGGUGCGGUCUUCAUCCUCAUCAUAGCGUACUUUUACUAUUUCGCCAUCGCGCUUGUUCCCUUCUAUAUCCUCUAUGUUGGGGCCGCAUCAUACUACCGUUCGUCUGCCCGUACGGUCAAGCGUUACGAGUCAGUUCUGCGGUCUAAAGUGGUAUCCAGGUUCAUCGAGGGCCUCAGCGGUGUGGCCACCAUCCAGGCUUACGGUCUCAAAGAUCAGUUCGUCCAUGAGCUUCGUUCGUCGAUUGAUUCGAUGAAUGCUGCCUACUAUAUCACUAUGGCCAAUCAGCGGUGGCUCACCAUGCGACUUGAUGCUGCCGGCAACGUACUCGUCUUUGUCGUUGGCAUUCUUGUGGUCACCUCGCGAUUCAGUGUAAACCCUUCAAUCAGCGGCCUCGUACUGAGCUAUAUCCUCUCCGUGGUUCAGAUGCUCCAAUUCUCAAUCCGUCAACUAUCGGAAGUGGAUAAGGGUAUCAAUGCAGUCGAACGCCUGCGCUACUUUGGCGAGGAGCUUGAGGAAGAAGCUCCCGCCCAUAUCAUGGACAUGCCUGAGAGUUGGCCCGACAAGGGAGAGAUCGUUCUCAAGAACGUCCAAAUGCGGUAUCGCAAGAAUCUACCUCUCGUCUUACAGGACCUGUCUAUACACAUCAACGGCGGUGAGCGUAUGGGCAUCAUCGGCCGUACCGGUGCGGGCAAGUCGUCAAUUAUCAGUGUCCUGUUUAGACUCGUGGAAAUAUCUGGGGGCUCGAUCUCUAUUGAUGGUAUCGAUAUCUCGCGGAUUGGACUCCAAGAUCUGCGAUCGCGAUUGACUAUCGUUCCGCAAGAUCCCAUGUUGUUCCAGGGCACCGUCCGCAGCAACCUGGACCCAUUUUCCAAGCGCACGGAUAUGGAACUUUGGGACGCUCUACGGCGGACAGGGCUGGCCCAGCAGGAAGACGUCACGUCGGAAGGCCGCCAGGCCAACGAUGCCAGAAUCCAUCUCGACAGCGUUGUCGAAGAAGACGGUUUGAAUUUCUCACUCGGCCAGCGACAGCUCAUGGCCCUAGCAAGAGCUCUGGUGCGCGAUUCCCGCAUCAUCAUCUGUGACGAGGCCACUUCGAGCGUGGAUAUGGGCACGGAUGAGAAGAUACAAGUCACAAUGGCAGCCGGCUUCCGUGGCAAGACGGUGCUUUGCAUCGCACACCGUCUCCGGACCAUUAUAGGGUAUGACCGGAUCUGCGUCGUGGAUGGUGGGCAGAUCGCAGAGUUGGACACGCCUGCGAGUCUCUUUGCCAAGGAGGACGGUAUCUUCAGGGGUAUGUGUGAUCGCAGCGGCAUCCAGCUCGAGGAUAUCAAAGCUUCUAGGGAUACCAUCACAGCCUUUGGUGAGGCGAACGGGCGCUAG